AUGCCGAUACUAAUUUAUACGGCCCAUACGGGAGAGUGUCUACAAGCCGAAUCCGGAUCCUUCGCCUCCGUCGAAGAACUCCGAAAAUGGAUCGAUUCAAAGAUCUCUCUUCCCCCGGCUUGCCAGAUCUUGAUGACGAGUCGGGGCACAAACUUCAAGCCCGCGUCCCUCACCCAGGAGCGCGAACUUUACCUGUUUGAUCGUCGACACCUCACACAUCCGUUUCCCCCGCCCCCCACAUCUCCGAUCCCCCGUGUUCAAAUACCCACCCCGUUUCCGACGAAUCUUGAUUCCGAGACCGAGCUUUCCUCCUGGCGCUCUCUAUUUAAAAAACGUUUGAGUUGGAGUGAGAGCGUGUUGAGCCAUGCCCAGAUGCUCGCCCAACAGAUUGCGGAGAACGACACAGGGACUGUGGUAAUACGCCAGGCCGUCAAAGUCGCAUUUAGCAAUCUCGAGUACCAUUCCGGAACUCUCAACAGUUCGUUAGGGAAGCUACGGGAUUGGGCUGAAGGAGUCCUCGUGGACCAGGACCGCGUCUUGGCCGAGUGGGAGGACGGAGUGGGUGUCCUUACUCGCCUCCCGGUACACCCUGAGUUGAGGAGAUAUCAUCAAACGGGCUUGGAGGAAGAGCAGGAAGCUAAGGUGCUUGCGGACUUUUUCACCAUAAAAGAUGUCCAGCUUGCCGCCUCAACCCUCUCAAGCUUGAGUCAGAAGUUUGAAAAGGAUGUGAUUGAACUCAGCGAGACAAUCGAGGAUAUAGUUGGUCAAACGCAGGUACUCAAAGGAGAGAUCCAACGCGAAAAAGAACUUGCAGAACGGGAUGGGGUGGCGGAGAAUUGCAAAAUGUUGAUUGGAGAGAUAGAGGUAUUAGUUAAGAAGGUAAAGACGGAUUAUGACUACGUGCUCACGCUGCAGGGGCCAAGAGCUAUCUCUACAGCGAGUAAGAGGGCUUAUGCUAGUACGACCGAGUAUCUGCCAGGAUUGGUCAGUGUAGUCGGGGAUGUAGGGAGAGUCUUGCAGGAGGCUGUCAAACUUAAGAACGAGGCCUCUGAAAGAAGUACUGCUCAUCUGCAAACGAUUGCACACAUUCAAUCUCUCUGUGCACCUGUUAACCCCGCCCUCACCUCUCUUGACAGUACCUUCGCUGAAGACGCUUCCCUCCGUCUCUUAACCCUCAUCACGCGCUUCCCCAGUAUCUAUGGCUCUCUUCUUAUCGAGUGUGUUCGCCGCCGUGAAUGGUCUGCAAAAUUCACCAGUGAUUCUCAACGCGUUGCAGAGGAUCUUGCGAAUAUCAAAGAAGAUGAAGAAAAGCGACGAAGAAAGUGGAUGCGGAACACCGGAUCUCUCCUACCUUUCAGCCUUGAAGGUGGUGACGGCGUACAAGGGGUUGUUCGUGCAGAGCUGACCACGCGCGGCGAUGCGAGCGGAGGUUUACCAAACAUCAACCGUGCAGAUAUUGAAGCAUUUCUUACAAUGCUCAAGACAAUGGAAGGGAUGGAAGGAACAUGGAAAGAUCUCCAGGGGCUCUACACCAAACUAGAUGAACCGCAAACCACGGGAGGAAGAAAACACGGCGGGAAACGCCCAAAAGGCUUCAAGUUCGGCUCUAUACACGAGGCUACAAACACAGGUGGAGGCUCAUUCUAUGUCUCUCAUGGCGAUGAAGAACUCAAAACUCUGCGCACGGAGAAGGAGGCCUUGCAACAACGUGUGCAAGGUUAUGAAAGCCGUGUGAGAAAGCUAGAGGACCUAAUCCAUAGAGCUAGGGCAACCACGGGGAAUGUUUAUACCCCUUCACAGACUCCGCAGUCCGCAUCAAAUACACCACAACUCACGCAACAGGCUUUCCCAAAUGAUGGGCCCACAAGCCCAGUCAACGUGAGACGAAUAAGCUCUGAGAAUAUUGUAGAUCGGACCCGUAUAACCACACUUGAAGCAGAGCUUGUGGCAGAGCGGGAACUUACCGCGAGGCUACAGAAGGAGGCCGCAGCCCAUGCAGGGAGUGAGAAGGAGAUGAGCGAACGGAUGAGAAGCGCUGAUGAUACCAAGCGUGAUCUUGUCGCAAACUUGGAGGCAUUGGAUCAGCAACACAUCGUUGAGCGUAAAGCUUUCCAGCAAGAAAUCGAGGAGCUAAAAGGUAAAAUUGAGGAAGCAUAUGAAGAGCUUGAUCGCGAUGAGGAACGCAUUAAGAGUCUCGAAGGAGAGUUGGAAAUAACUAGCGUGGAAGUCGAGAGACUCCAAGGUGAGAAUGCAAGACUUAUCGAGAGUGUGCGUGCGAUGGAGGAAUCGAUGAAGGGUAUGAAGGAAGUAUUGGAGAAUGCAAAGAAAGAUAGUUUGGAACGAGAGAGUCUAGUAGGUAGAGUGAAGGGGGCACACGAGAAGUUUGGGGGGGAGACUGCGCCAAAUGAUCUAGGCAAAUUAAUGGACGGAAUUGAAGAACUAAUUGCGAAGAGUGUCGACCGGUGUAAAGAUCUUUCAAGACAAUUGGAGGAUGUGAAGGAACAUGGUGAGACAGUCGAGAAGGAGAAGGAAAUGUUGGAGAGGAGACUAGAAAGCAGAAGCAUCAAAGCCAAGGAUCUUACCCAGAGGUUGUAUACACAUAAUAUCCGCUCAAUCCAAUUGCUGGAGGCGCUCGGAUAUCGGAUUGUUAGGAACGAGGGCAGUACCACUAUCGUGAAGGUCACUCGAAGCAACAACAGCGAUAGCGCCGUGCUAAGUCGCUCAUCCCACGACAUGUCCGCAUCCAUGAAGAAAUCCGGACAUCUCCCACCUGCCACGGCCGAAGAUGUAUCUCUUCUCUAUUGGCUGCACGACUCAGACUCUUCCGCUGAGGAUGAAGCCUUCUCCGCAUAUCUUACCAACAUUUCUUCCCUUGAUCUAGACGCAUUCGCAGACACCGUUACUAGCAGAGUAAAGAAGGUUGAAAACGACUGCCGCCAGCUUAUGAAGCAGUGCCGCGCUUACCGCGAGAAAUACUACCGCUCCCGCGAUGAAGCCAACGAGAAAAUCGCGUUUAAAUCUUUCAAAUCAGGUGACCUAGCUCUCUUCCUUCCUACACGCAACUCCGCGACCCGCCCAUGGGCCGCCUUCAACGUCGGCGCACCCCACUUUUUCCUCAAAGAGGAAACAGGCCAUAACCUUCGUUCACGAGAUUGGCUCCUCGCACGUAUUACCAAGAUUGAAGAUCGUGUUGUCGACCUCUCUCGUUCCUCGGCAUCGAUACAGCUGCCGCCCGAUCGUGCUAGUCUGCACUCAUCGGACGGCGCAAGUAUCGAUGACGAGAACCCAUUUGAACUAUCUGAUGGUCUAAGGUGGUAUUUACUUGAUGCCGUUGAGGAGAAACCGGGUGCGCCUUCCACCCCUGGCCAAUCAUCGAGUACUGUUGUCGUCGCGAAUGUGGAUGCGAAGGGAUCACUUCGUUCCCGAAAACCUGUUACAGGAGCGAAGAAGACACUGUCGCAGAUCACGACAGAGCACUCGCGUCGGAGCUCUUCGGCCAGUGGAAGAGGUAAUUUGCAUUCGCGUGAUGGGCCACCGGUAGAUGUAGUGGCUGCUGUGCGGGAGGGAUUGGAAGGUGCGGGGGUUGCAGUUAUAGAAGGAGUAGAGAAGGAUGCAAGUUGA